AUUCAUGUUAUGCGCAAAAGACCUGCGCGCGAAAUGCAACACAAUCCGGAAGUGUCUGUUCCGUUCAAAUUUCUCCUUCUUUGUCCAAUUUCUAGGCCAACAUCUAGCUUUCACCCUUGGUGAUGCAUUCCGUUCUUAGUUAGCUAUGCAGGCAUAUGACAGGGAUGUCAGUGACUCCCUUGUGGAGUACCAAAGAGCAGUCCGAGAUCGUGCAAAUGAGACCCACAAUGAGCUACACCACGCUCUCAGUGCACCCUACCCAGGCCAGACCUCCCCACCCAGGAGUGGGGCUGGCCCUGCACACAUGGACAUUUCCCCAGAGGCUUUAGCCAAGCAGGAACAAGUCUAUCAGACUGCAGUGGACCGACUACGAAACAUUCUACAGAAACCCCAUGGAAGCUCAUCGAGAAGUAGGACAGGUGCCAGACCUCCAACAUCUCCUGGAAGAGGAAGAUCACCAUCCAGACAACCUCUCUUCCCAUCAUCCCCUGAGAAGUUUGGGGACCCUCACUUUGUCCCAGCUUCUCCCAUCAGGCACCUGGGGGACAGAGGUCAUGACCUGCCCCCAGCGGAGGAGCUGGUGCCGCUCCUGACCACCCAGGAUGGCUACAUCCAGCAGCUGGAAGCAGAGAACAGAUAUGUGAAGGAGGAACUGUCACUGCUGAAGGGCAGAGUGAAAGAAGUUGUAGAGGAGAAUCAGAAACUGCACGAGAGCCAGAAGGGUCGGCACGUGGCUGCUACCCUUGAUGAGGAGCUGGGAAUCCCACAGCAGACCCAGGAGAAUGUACCUGCAGCUAGUACUGGUGUGGACAGUUCACUUCCUGCAGCAGAGAACCAGGCUAGAGCAGCAGACAUGAAGGACAAGGACCUGUUCCAGAAAUGGCAGAGAGAACUGGAGAGACUGAAGGCACUGUAUACAGCAAAGACUGGACAACUAGAGGCUCUUCUGAAAACCACAAAGUCAGAACUUGGCAGGAAAGAGGAGGAGUGCAAUGCCCUUCAGGCCAAGGUCAGACAGCAAGAGUCCCUGGGCCUGCUGGGUACAGGUGUGGGGGAGGCGCGGCAGGUGGGCGGGGUGUGCAUCAGGUGUGCACAACAGGAGGCCGUGCUGUCUGGUACUCAGGUGGGCACCCUGGAACAGAACCUACAGAGGGUCACCAGAGAGAGGGAUGAGUUGAUGGACGCCCUGUCCCAGACGCGCUCGCUGAUGUCGGAGAUGAAGCAGAGAGAGGACGAGGCGUACGAGCAGGUGAAGCAGAGUGUCGCGCUGGUGGAGCAGGCUCACCUGGAGAAGACAGAGGCUCUGGUGCAGAGAGCGCAGGUGACUGAGGAGUUGGCAAAUCAGAGGAAGAGGCUAGAGGACAUCAUCAAUGACACAAACAGGAGGGUUAAGGGAGAGAGGGAGGCUGUCCAGAGGGAGUACCAGCAGCAGGUGGAACAGCUCAAGAACAAGAUGUCGUCCUUGGAGAAGUCCCAGCUCUCCCUCCAGGCUGAGCUGGAGCAGGCUGCCAGGGACAAGGCUUCUCUGCGGUCUGAGCUGGACGAGACUAAAGGACACCUCUCCACGCAGGGGGCAGAUGUAGACAUGAUGUCUGAUGGGGUACAGAGUGACCUGUCCAGGGCUGUGAGGGCCAAACAUGAGGCAGAGGAGGAGAUGACCAGGCUCAAGCAGAAGCUGGAGAGGGAGAGAAAAGAAACAGACCAGGAGCAUUCUCGGCUGUCGGACGAGGUUGCAGAGUUGCGGCGGAGACUACGCCAGGCGGAGAAGGAAGCCAUGGACAGCAGGGAGGAAGGGGUGCACCUAACUGAGGCCAUGAAUGCACUGCAGAGAGAGGCAAACCUUGCUCGUAUGGAGAAGGAGAGUAUAGAGCGUGGCCGGAGUGAUGACCUGAAGGAGGCCAUCGAGCACGCUCAGAGGAGAGAAAAACAGCUCAUAGCCGAGAUGGAGCAAAAGGAGAGGCAGCAAGCCCAGUCCUCAGUAGACUUGGACACCCUGGUGACCACCCAGAAGGACCUGAUCUCGCGCCUUAGGGACGAGUGCAGGGACCUCACCACCAAACUGGAGGAGCUGGGGGAGAGGUACAGGUCUGAUGUUGGGCGGUUGUCUCAGCUGAACGAGGAUCUGUCCUUGCGGCUGGCGAAGGCGAGCGAGCGUGAGAAGGGCCUGGAGCAGCAGUGUGUGGAACACGGCCGCCUGCACCAGCGCAUGAAGACAAGGCUGAAGCAGAUGGACCAGCAUGCACAGAACAGCGCCCAGCAGGUUCUGGAGUUGCUGACCAAACAGAACGGCCUAAUGCAGGACCGCCAGUCGCUGUGCCAGGAGGUGGAAUUCCUCCGCAGCCAGAUGACCAACCCCGACUCUUUCAUGGGCACGGGUCGUCCCCGACCAGCCCUGGACAUCGACAAUGGUCCCGUGGAUUUGUGACAUAUCUGUAGCUAGUUUGUAACCUACUAGUAACUCCCUCAGGACUUCAUGUUGCAGGUGUCUGUUGUUGUGUAGAUUCUAAUGUAGCAAAUCAUUGGUAAUCCAUCUGAUUGUAUUUGUGUGUUAUUUCUUACCUCGUCACAAAACAAUAUGGUUUAAGAUGGUCUGCCAUGUUUGACUGCUUUGUUUGGAAUCUUUUCACCAAGGCUCUGUAAAAACCUCAAGCUGCAAGUGUCAAUGUUUACAGUUCAGUUCAUUUCAGAUCAUCCUCUUUUGGGAGGUGACACCAGUGUCUCCACACGUUUCUGUCCAGCAUUACUGAUCGGAGUUCGUUGGCCUCCAUACUUUGUCCAUACUUUGUGUAGAUUUACAGUAAAAAAGAGUCCAGUGAAAUUGUCUGAAGUCAAAUGUACUGUUUGAAAUUACAUGACACAUUAUGUAUAUGUUUAUGUCUGUUCUUCGUGAAAAGUUUAGUAACUAAGUAAAGGCAAUUUAUUCUGUGCACACAGUGCUGUAAGUAAUGUUCAAAUGUAAGAUGUUCCCCAACAAUGUUGGAUGAGAUGCAACAAUUGUAUAUAAAUGCUGACUCUGUAGAUUAGUAGUUUUGGGACCAAGGAAGCUGAUAAUGUAAGAUAACUUGUUUCAAAAGAUUGCUUUGACUAGUUUGUGGUCAUAAAAAUAUAACAUAUAACAAGGAAAGAAAGCUUUCCGUGUGAUAGACAGUUAGGUUCAAUGAUGUUUGAAUAAGUAGGAUGGUGAGUUUGAACUAAUAGAAAAUGAAUAGCCAUUUCAUCUAACCCCACAGUGAAUCUUGUUAUCUUCAGGAUCUACUUCAUGAUAUCUUUCAAAAUAAUGUGUCUGUUGGUAUGACUUGAAAGUAAUGGGACCAAAGAGAAAUUGCUCUUUCCAUACCAGUGUUAUUUAUUUUUACACCUGUAUAUUUGUACAUUAAUAUAUCCAAUGUAGUUAGGAAGAAAACAUUUUGACCAUACUCAACUUGAAGCAUUCUUCAGAAUUCCAAGUUGCCUCAGAAACUAUGUUUCUAUGAAUACAAAGAGCUGCCAGUAAAAGUCUGGAU